AUGCUGGCCGAUACGUGCUUACGGUGGAUCGGAUUGAUCAGCGUUUCGCUGGUGCUAUGGUCCUGUGGAUAUCCGGGUGUGUUGUCGCCGGUCGAGGCGGCCCACCUCACAGGCACGUUCGAGGUCGAUGAGUUCUUCCGGUUUCUGCACAAGUUCGGCUUCCAGAAGACGGAGAAACACUCCCAGAAGGACACCGAGUGGGACACGUUCGGGUAUAUCUACGGAAAUGUCACGUCACACGUUAAUUUCACCACCCCGGUGACUCUGGCCGUGCUCGAUAAGCGUAGCUUUCUCGAGUACUACGCUAACAGGAACGAUUUUGAUCGAGAUGUGGCUUGCCAACGGAUGUUCGAUAAACUGGACAAGAUCGUGUAUAGUCGGGCGUGCAAUCCGCACGCGGAGGCUGACUACCUGCGGCGCAUUCCUUGCGAGCGGGGGAAACUGUGCGUGGACGAGGACACCCGGGAGAAUGUCGUUCCCGGCAGCCAGUUUACGUUCGUCAUUAGCGAUCCUAAUGUGCCAAGGUUCUGGUAUGUGUCGAUGGUGGCGUGUUAUCAGAAUGUGUCCACCUGUCAGUGGCACUACUACGACUAUCGCAAAUAUCAUACGGAACCCCCGAGUAUAGACUUUGAUAUCACGCUGGUUAAUGGAAACCCGAACCGGCAAACGCUUUCCUUCUUCAAUCCGUUGCUUUUCCACUUCUCCUUCGACCGACAAAACACGCUCGAAAUGUAUUUGAUAUUUUUCGUCGUCUAUCUGCUGAUGGUGCCGUUGCAAAUCUAUGCCGUCCGACUGCAGAAACAUCCCGUCACGCGGCUUUUUACGGUCAGCUUGGUGUUGGAGUUUGUGAGCGUUUGUCUACUCUUAACGCACACCGUACGCUACGCCAUGAAUGGUGUCGGCGACGAAAAGCUGGCUGUAAUGGGCGAUAUAUUUGAUAUAUUUAGCAGAACGUCAUUUAUGCUUAUAUUGCUACUUCUUGCCAAGGGGUGGGCAGUGACCCGGUUACAGAUCAGUGUAAGCAGCUGGAUUCUGCUCAUGGUUAUCUGGAUCCCUUACUGUGCCAUACAUGUGUUGCUGUACAUAUGGAACAGGACGGAAGUGGAUAUUAUCUCUGAUAUUGAUGAAUAUCAGACGUGGCCUGGUUGGCUGGUGCUCGCGUGCCGUUCCAUGAUGAUGCUGUGGUUUCUGUGGGAGCUGCGAACGACGAUGAAGUACGAACACUCUUCGCAAAAGCUAGACUUUUUGCUCCAUUUCGGUGCUUCGAGUCUCGUAUGGUUCAUCUACUUGCCAAUCGUGGCCAUUAUUGCUGUGAAUGUUAGUCCGCUGUGGCGGUAUAAGCUAUUACUAGGUAUAACAAAUUCAGCCGACUGUUUGGCGUACUGUGUGAUGAUGGGUUUGCUGUGGCCUAACCGCGCCGGGCAAUAUUUGCUACUGACGGGAUCAAACUUUGGUGGUAUGGACGAACUGGAUGAGUUCAACGAAGCACCGCAUAUAGUGCACAGAGAUUCCGAUACGCUGCACAGUAGCAACGGAGAUCUAGCUGUGGACGAAUAUUUGGAUAACGACGAUGACGAAAUAGAAACCUUAGUACUCAGUACAGACGAUUUGCUCCACACGGGAAGUUCUUUCCCGGUUGGGGGUGGGGGCACAGUGGGUGGCAGUAAGCCUCUAACAUUACAUAACGGUAACGCCAUGAAUGGCGGUAUCACAAAAGGGGGGAGAUCUUUCGAUUAG